AUGGUCAAGAUGAAUUCCAAGCCUUUCAAGGGCUUCGGUGGUAAAUCAUUCAACUCUCUUAACUUGAAGUCUUUCAUCAAAGCUUUACCCUCCAGAAAAGUCCUCAAAUCAAUCAAUGGAUCUCUCAAGUCUGAGUCCCUUUCAACGAUUGAUUUCAGCAGUUGUGUGUACGAAAAUCAAUCGGAGCACCAAGCAUCACAAAAGAACUCCCAUCCGAACAUCCAAGCUCUCGAGGCACCACCGCAGCCUGUUACUAUGAUGACUUUUUCGAAAGUUGUCGACAUCUUUGAAGAACUCGAGCCCAUCCAACCCAUCCAAGAGAUUCCGAAGCCGCGGAGUCGUACUCGAAGGAAUUCGUUUUUGAAAUUGAAGACCAAAAAAUCUUCUCGGCCCAACACGGCCAUCGAGUCUAUAAUCUCCAACCGAUUACUAGAACCCACUCAAGAAAUCUUGAGCCCAGAGAGCCGAAAAGCGCAGUGUUCUGCUCAUCUGGUUAAAGCAAGGAACGAAGUUUUACUCGGCAAAGAGACCGCGAAAGCGUCUCCCUUGAACUGCAAGCCGCCGAGCGCUCGAGAGAAGCGCUUGAAAUAUCGGCUGUACAAUGCGCCCCUCGAUUCGUUUGAGCUGCAACGAAGACUGGCCCGCCGGGGCGGCGACGAGAAGAUUUUCUUGCCCCGAUUGGAUCCUAGCAGUUACGCGCACAUCAUGCAAAAAGAACAUCAUCGACGCCGACUCGAAAGUCUGGCGUAUCAUCACAAUCCACACCUUCUCAAAAUCAAUGAACCUAUCAACAAUGGAGUCAGAACUUUGAAGCUCGAAACCAUCCCUGAAGGCGUCGGCAGUUGGGUAGUCUUAAAAGAUCCUCGUGAUCCUCGGAAACGUAGAACUAAGCUCGAUUAUAUUAUCACAUCUUGGUAG